UAAAAAUGUGCAAUUUCUUUAAAAAAAAAAAAUAAGAAAAAGAAAAAAAAUGGAAUUUUCACACAUACAUUUUCCCUUAACCAUUCCCGAUCAAGAAUUUUAGAAGCCCCGGCGAUUCAGAGAUGGAGUACGACUCACCCGACCCCCCAACUCAGGCCGUCGAUGCCCAAAUUCUGACUACCGAUCUCGAAACCCUUACUCUCUCUACUGAUCCACUAACUGACCAGUUCGGAUCGCUCAACGAUCUCAGCCACGAGCUCGCUUCUCUCCAAGACCUCGCUCUCCGCGGCUCAUGGCGGUCUGUACUAGACAAGGUCGGUCGUGCCCGAACCCUCUCCCUCCUACAGAAGCCCCAUGAUCACCUCACCUAUCUCUCCUUCAACGUACUCGCCCUUAUGAAACUACGUCGUUUCUCUGAAGCCUCUACCGAGCUUGAUACCGUCGAAGAUCUCGAUGGAUCCCAUAACCGCUACGAAUCUUACCCGAAUGUUUACCCAAACCGGUCUGGAUCCAUGGUCCCAUUCUCCCUCCGUUGGCUCCACGCCAUUGUUCCCGCCAAAUUGGGCCGCCGUCAAGAUGGGUUGGACCGCCUCUACGUUCUACUCGACUUUGUACGGACGAAGGUAAGCGAGAAGGAGAAUGCGGAGGGUUUGAGUGUCUCUGCGACUGUGUGGAAGAAGAGGGAGUUUUUUGUGACGAACUCCAUCGUGGGGCUCCAUCUUAGCAACAAAGAAUUCUCCGUGUGUUUGAGAUUGAUCAAAGAUUUGCUUAAACGAGAUGGUUCGGACCCAAUUUUGUUUUCGAAGCUAGGUUACAUUCAGAUGCAAAUUGGGGAUUUGGAGGGUGCUAAGAAUUCGUUUAAUCAGGUGGAGGGUUUGAUGAAGGAAAUCGAGAAAAGUAAUGGGUCGUUGAGCGAAAUCCAGUUUAAGAACCUUGUGAAUAGGAACAAAGCAUUGGUUUAUUUGGUUGGGAAAGAUUAUGUCUCAGCUGUAAGAGAGUACGAUGAGUGCAUUGAGAGGGAUCAUACCGACGUAGUGGCUGUCAAUAACAAAGCUCUUUGCUUAAUGUACUUAAGGGAUUUGUCUGACUCCAUUAAAGUUUUGGAGAAUGCGCUUGAAAGGGUACCUACGGUGGCUUUGAAUGAGACUCUUGUUGUGAAUUUGUGUAGUAUGUAUGAGUUGGCUUAUGUUAAUCACUCCGAUAUUAAGAGGACGCUUAGUAACUGGAUUGCCAGAGUUGCACCUGAUGAUUUUGAUUCCUCAUGUACUCGUAUUUAAAGAAAUGGAUUUCCUGUGAUGAAUAAUGCUUGGGAAGCUCACGAGGGAGGUUGUUCAUAGUUGCUCUGUGAAGAUGCUGUGGAUGGAUCUCUGUUCCAAUACCAGGGGAUUUAAAUAUUUCAUAUAUCAUUGUAACAAUUAAUCUACAUGAUGAGAUUGAUAUGAUUCGGGUUGUUGAGUAAUCUUGUUGGGAUUGGCUUCGAUCAAGUUCAUGUAUUUUGAUGAACUAGUCUUGGUAUCCAACAUGGUUCAUUCAUCAUAUUCUUUAACGUGUUGCUACAGUCAUUUCAACUCAUAGAAUAGUUUAUUGUCUUCUCUGUGUUGUUUCCUAGUGAACUUUGUUUAGAUUUUAUGAAAGAAUUCCUCCUUGUCAUCAUUGUUUACCUUAGUCAGGUGACUGUUUACCAUGGGUUAAUUCAUUUCAAUACUUGAUUUAUGUAAUCUGCUAACUAUAAUGCUGACAUUUGAUUAGCUUUCAUAUUUUUCACCAAAA